AUGGAUAAUAUGUUUAAUGAUUUAGAAAUUGAUAUGUCUUCAAAUAUUCCACGUGAUUUAAAUAAAAAAAUGAGAAAACAUAAACAGUUUGGUUCUUUAAUGGAAUUUCAUGUAACAAAAAGUAAUUCGAAUGAUGUACUUCGAAAUUCUGAAGAUGAGUUAUUUAUACCUCAUCGAAAAAUAUCGAUCACUAAACUGCAUUCAUCUCGAUAUCUUCGUCUUAGAAAUUAUUCCCAACAUAUUCUUUCUUUUAGUUUUCUUUGUAUUUUUAUGAUUGUUUGUUUUAGUUUGACCUAUACAAAUAUUGAAUUGAAGAAUGAAGUUCACAGUCUUUCGUCACGUAUAAAUGAAGUCGAAAAGAAAUCUUUGAAAAUGGAAUUAAAUAAUAUUUUACCAUCAAUUGAACAAAUAAAAACACGUAUUAAUUUUCUUGAAAAUUGGAAUUUUUCAUUUGUUUAUAAUCAAUUACAAAAAUUACAAGUUCAAAUAUUAUUAAAUAAGAAUAAUUUUGUCUCAUCUAACUUGCAAAAAAUUGAAUAUAAAUCAACAUAUUUUCCUAAAAAAUCCAAUGAAUUGGAUAAUUUAAAUCAAGAAACAAAAAUUCGAUUAGAAAAUAUGAUGCAUAAAAAUAUAGUUAGAUUAUAUGAACAGUUCAAUUCUCUUCGGAAUGAAAUUCAAAGUUUCCAUCAACAUAUCAAAAUACAAGAAUUGUUAAAACGUUUCGAACAAUUGACUAAUCUUAUACAUAAUUCAUCUGAUGAAACAUUAAUUAUUCUAAAUGAAUUCCAGUUUGAUCUUGAUAAAUUACAAAAUCAAAUAGAUGAAUGCAAAUGUUCAAAAGAACCAAUUAGUCUAAGAGCAUCGGUUGUUGAUGCAGAUGAAUUACAGCCAAAUAUCGUUACCAAACCAUAUAUCAUUGAUUUUUCUUCUACACAAAUGGCUAAAAAACCUUUUAAAAAGAUGAAUGAUGAAAAUAAACAAAUUUAG